AUGGCAAGCCAAGUCGUUUAUGGAGAAUGGGCGAGUACGCAUACAGAAUGUUACAACAUGUCAAGGAUCGACAGCACCUUUGUCUCAUUGCUGCAGCUGGUCUGGGCUGUUGUCAGCGGAUGCCAGACGAUCUUUAUGAUCUCUCGAGCCCCGAAGGUGCCAUGGGAAUCUGUUUACCUUCCCUUCGUUGAAAGCAUCACCUAUGCCCUCGCUUCUACUGGAAACGGCACGUUGCAGAUGAGGGACGGGCGCUUCUUUCCUUGGUCGCGCAUGGCAUCCUGGUUGUGCACUUGCCCUAUCAUGCUCGGGCAGAUCAGCAACAUGGCGCUGGUGAAGUACAAGAGCAUCCCGUUGAAUCCCAUCGCGCAAGCAGCCUCCAUCAUCCGAGUGGUGAUGGGAAUCACGGCGACUAUCUCUCCCGCCGAGUACAUGAAGUGGCUCUUUUUCUUCUUCGGGGCCACGUGCCUGGUCUUUGAGUACUCAGUUGUCUUCACCAUCUUUCAAGUCGGGCUGUACGGGUUUGAGAGCGUGGGGACUCCGCUGGCUCAGAAGGUGGUGGUGAGAAUCAAGAUGCUCAGACUCAUCUUCUUCAUCGCAUGGACCAUGUUCCCCAUCGUAUGGCUGAUAUCCCCCACUGGCGUCUGCGUCAUUCAUGAGAACGUGAGCGCUAUCCUGUACCUCCUCGCCGACGGGCUCUGCAAGAACACCUACGGAGUGAUCCUGUGGAGCACGGCAUGGGGCGUGUUGGAAGGGAAGUGGGACCCUGCAUGCCUUCCAGGACAGGAGAAGCCGGAGGCCGACGAUCCGUUUGGGCUGAACCAUGAGAAGAAUGCUCCCCCCAACGAUGAAGUCAACAUCCGGAUGUUCGGACGCGUCAUCGGCUCGGUGAGGAAGUCAAAGAGGAGGCAGAAGUGGGAGCUGGCGCCGGCGCAUCUAGAGGACAGGAUCAGGUUGAGCGACGAGGAGUCGGAUGACUCGAGGCCGAAGAGGAAGAAGAAAGGAGACGCGCGGGACUACAGGAGGAAGCAUCGAGGAGGCGCCGACGACGACGAUCAUCACAGCAGCGAAUCGGAGAGUGAGAAGAAGAACAAGGGAAAGAAGAAGAAGUCGGGCAAGGGAAAGAAGAAGGACGACUCGGGCUCCGAGGACGAUCUUGAGGUCGGCAACGGGAAGGCGAAGAACGGAGACAAGCAGGAGUUCAACGACAUCAACAAGAUCCUACGAGCCAUGAAGAGAAACGCCGGGACGCUGAGCGAAAAGUCUCAUUCCGAUGACUCCGAGGGAAAGCGUGAGAGCGCGGAUCAUUCCAUGUGCUGA